GUUAGUGAUGCAUACAACGCACACAUAAUAAGGAAAUUAACGCUUACCUAAGUUCGUGUGCAUAAAACCUAGCCUCGAUAAAUCGUUUAGGCGCAUGCGCAGGCACACCUCAACCACUCGCACAGCUGAACAGGAACCCUGGAACUUGGCUUCUAGAGACUUCUGGAACUAAACUCUUGCGUUGUGGAGUUUGUGGACACCCUAGCGGUCACAAAAAAGUCACUUGUUUGAAGAUUUGAGAGAUAUAGUGAAAAGAAAAACAAAGCCAGAAAAACGCAACCUCAAACGAUUAUGAGCGGCUUCUAGAGACUUCUGGAACUAAACUCUUGCGUUGUGGAGUUUGUGUACACCAUAGCGGUCACACCAAAGUCACUUGUUGGAAGAUUUGGGAGAUAUAGUGAAAAGAAAAACGCAACCUCAAACGAUUAUGAACAAUCCAAAUCCAGGACAACUGGGCAGCCCCCCACCACCACCCAUUCCUACUCCAACUCCAGGUGCACCGGGCCUCUUCCAACCAAACAUUCCUCAUCCAGACCCAUCGAUACCGAUGACGCCUGCUAUAAUGCAAGCGGGACCUGUCUUGCAAGAGCCACAGGGUUACCCACCAGAGACUUUAAAUCAACGCCCAGAUUUGCCGUCUGGAAAUAACCCUUACAUGAAGCCGAGCCAAUAGGACACUUC